AUGCUUUUAACGCGAAAAUUGCAAAAAUCGGUAUCACUAGGCUCAUCGACGUCGUCAUCGGAAUCGCCGAUCGUUGAAGACCGACGCGACGCAUUCAACGCGUCACGUCAUAAGCUAACAAGGCACGCCGGCAAGAAAGCAAGAAAAAAGAUGAUGGAAAAUCCGUAUACUUGCACACAGGAGCUCGAUGAGCUCAGCGCUGAGGACUCGAUCAUCGACUACAGUGUGUUCAGCGACGAGAACUUUGUUUUAAUCAUCCUUCUAACUUCAAAAGGUGAAGCUCAAGCUUAUUUGGAGACUGGCCGAGACUCGAAGCCGCGAAAAAAUGUGACAAACGUUAAAGAAUUGAAUGGUAUUUCCGCAAAUCCGGUGACGAUUUGCAUCGGCAGCCAAGCGGCGUUCGUACUGUUCGGUUUAUCCGAUGGCAAUCUAUUGGUGACGCCAAUUAAGACAUUAAUUGAUGUCACCUGGGGCGGAUCAUCAUGGACGUCGUCAAGCGUCAUCGACCUCUCGCUGCCGACGAUCGAUCCUUGUUUAGCGUUGCUCACGUGCACCCGAUUCUUCGUCUCGAAUUUUCCGCCGCGCAACAUGGCGGUGGUGUCGAAUCGGGCUGGAAAUAUAUUGCUCAUCGAUCUGCAACUUCGAAAAUGCGUUUCUGAGCUCAAAGCGCCUCAAAGUAUUCAUAAUAUGGAAGUGCUCCUGGAUGAGAACUCAAUUGAGCUUUUGAUCACUGGAUUCACCGGAGCUCAAUGGAUUGUCCCGAUUGAGCGGAAUGGGAAAGGAUUUCGAGAAGUGCUCACCGCGUGUAUACCAGCCGAUUUGAAAGCGCUUGAACCACCUAAUAUGCAAUUUUUCGCGUCGGAAUCGUGCGGAAUUGUUGCAUUGGAAACGGUCGAAGCUUAUGUGGAAAUUUAUUCGACAAUUCACUCAAUUUCGCAUAUAUCUAAGCAGACUUAUUGGGUGCCACCUGAAACUUGGCUCGUACACGCGGCGGAUAAUGCGAUAUUCACAGUGUCGAAUGGCAAUGAAUUGAGAAGCGCUCUACAUUUUGGGCUCUCCGCUGUUCGUCUUGAAUAUUCUUUGGUGAAAAUGUCGACGGAAUGGCGACCGCUCGGAUUCGCCGCGAUGCCGACACGGCCGAAUCGCCUAUGCGGAGUGUUUGUGAUCAAUGAGCGAGGAUUGGUGCGCGUCGAACAAUCGAGCCAUUUAACACUGGCGAAUAUCGCUGCUGAGUUCAUCUUUCGCCUACCAUCGUUAUCGCUGAAUCCGACAUCGAUCGGGCAGAUCGCCAAUGCGAUUCGAAUCGAUCGCGCUGAACUUCAGAAUUCGAUCAUUCCUGGUAUUUUGUCGAAGCGCAAACAUCGAACAUUGAGCCAUAAGGAGAUUUCGCAGAUAUUGCAAGUGGCCAAAAUCAUUAAUUUAUCAAUGGUUGAUCUGUUGAAAGCUUUUGAGAAGGAAUCGAUGAGCGAGCAGUUGUUGUCGGAGGUGAUGAAUGUGAUCCAGUCGAAUCCGUCGAAGAACGCGAACCUCAUGCAGAAGGUCGUUGAGAUGUUUGUGAAGCGCGCGGCGGCGUCGGAAUGUGAUGGCGAGAAGGUGCGCGAGCUCGACGCCGAAUUGUCAAGCUUUCUGGCUCGCCAUGAGAAUUUGUCUAGCGGAUCGAUGGAUUGCGCGAGAGUCGGCAUGUGGAAAUGCGCGCAGAUUCUCGCGAAUCGCCAAAUUCACAAUACGGGCUCGAAUGCGAUUUGCGUUGAACUUCUGACGCAUAUCACGAAAAAUGGUCAACAGAUUUGGAGGAAUUCGAGCUCGACGGAUCGACUACAGAUUAUGUCGCUCGUUUGCCAUUUGGAUUGGUCGAAAUUGGCGGAAUCGGAUGGCGCCAAAAUUUGUGCACUUCUAUCCGGUUGGCAGCGAGAUGUGACGCUACCGUCGUAUCAUGAAAUGUGUUUGAGAUGCGCCAAUUUCUAUGCGGACAAAUUCCCGAGACCGUGUCAGAUUCUUGCGCUCGUCUCGUCUAUUUAUAUUGUCACCGAGAAGCGAACUUGCUUGAACUCGUCGACGCCUGAAUGGCGACCGAUCGCCGGCGGCAACAAUUGCGCGGCCGUCAUUGCCGAAGACGAUCGAAUAUUGAUUUUCGGAAAUUUCACGAAUCAACAGCAACGAUCGCUGGAUGUUACACAGACGAAAAAGAAGGCGACUGAGAGUUCGGCGACGUCGUCGACGUCGAAUGUCAGCGUCGCUGUCAAGCCUGAACAGUAUCUGGCGAAAGUGUUGGAGUACGCCGGCGGACGGCCGAGAGCGAUUGCUUGCGGCGCCGAGCACAUUCUUGUGCUCUCGUCGGCCGGACAAUUGGCGGCGUGGGGUGGAAAUCGAUACGGCCAAUGUGGUGUCGGGCACACGUUCCGACUCGCCAAUCUCCAGCAAAUUGAGGGCGAUUGGCCGCCUAUCACAAAAAUCAGCUGCGGACAUUUUCAUUCGGCAUUUGUUUGCGAAGAUGGCUCGCUUUGGGUGUUCGGCUGGGGUGUUUGGGGACAAUUGGGGCUGGGCGGACGGCGGAAUUCGAAUGUGACGACUCCAACUCGUGUUAACGGACUGAUUGGACGAGUCGAGCAAGUUGCUUGUGGUCGUGCUCACACCGUCGUGCUCACCGACAAUGGCCGAGUUUUGGUGGCCGGCUCUGGCAGCUAUGGGCAAAUGGGAACCGAUAAGGAUAUCAAGAAGACGUUCGCGUUCACACCCAUUCAGAUUGAUGGUUCUCCGAGAGUCACGAUGAUCGCGACGAGCUCGUUUCGCUCGAUUUGUGUGACCGACGACGAGCGAAUAUUCGAAUGGGGUCGAACGCCGCAGGAGAUCAAGAUGAAGAUGUUCGUGAUGAAGAAGCUCCGUAGUGCUCAGCUCAAGUGCGACGAGGCCUUCGAAGAAACGCCGCCGCCUUCGCUUCCGACAGCCGCCACUGGCGGGCCACAGCCGCGACAGAAUCUGAAUUUGCCGGCAAAAAUACCUCGAGAUGGUUUGGGAUUGAGAGAAGUCAAACAUUUUUUGAACGGAAAGAUUGCGGCCAUCUCUUGUGGAUUGUCGCAUUGUGCGCUGAUCACCGACGUCGGUUCGAUAUAUACGUGGGGAAAAUCGAUUGAUUACCAACUCGGCAAUGGGAAUAAGGCGGAACGAAGUGAGCCGCAUCAGGUGUUUGAGCCAGCCGAUGCGUAUUGGACCAUGGUGUCUUGUGGAAAUAAUCAUACUCUGGCGUCGACUCGUGACGGUAGUGUGUACGGAUGGGGCCGCAACGAUUUUGCGCAGUGCGGAUCACUGACGAAGAAAGCGACGAAUGAGACGGCGAAGAAGGUGUUCUUCCAGGCCAAGGACGGUCGCCGCUUCUUCCCGAAUCUCGACGACUCGCUGUUUGUGCAGCUGCCGACGCCGAUUGCGAACACGCGUGUUCGAAGCGAGUCGUCGACGACGCCCGAAUCGGACGUGCAAGUCGAUGAGACGACGAUGAUCGAGAAGUUGAGGAAUCUGGAUGUUAGUGUCGCGCAGGCGGUCUCGAAACACUUGUGCAGCUCGUUGAAGGAGUUGGACGAUGUUGACGAGAUGGAAGUCUCGGCGGAGAAGUACGACGGCGACAGUGGGCCGAUUUGCACGAGCACCGCACUUGUUCACCUGAUAUCCGGCGAUGUGAAACGGGCGAUUCGGAUGAUCGAGCUGCUCAAAAGCGAUCGCUACACGCCUCCAGAAGCGCUCGAAGCGCUUUCAUCGUUGGUUUGGGAGGUGAUGGCGAAUCAUGAAGACGUUCAAUCGAGGAAUGCGCUCUCCGCCGCGUUUCGUUGUGUCCCGAUGACCGAAUCGAUGAGGAAAGGCAAACAGAUUGCGCAACUCUGGCCGACGGUCUGGAGUGAUGAGAUGGCGCAGAGCGCGUUGAGUAUCGACGAGAAAAUUGCGAUGCUGGAUGGAUUUGCGACGGCGGCGAAGCCGACGAAUUGCGCCACGAUCUCAUCGUCGUCGCUGGAGGUCUCGCCGCGAAUCCGCGUGUUUGCGCAGUGUUCGCACGCGGAGCCCGCCGUCGUCGGCACACCGCCCGAAUGUUCGGCGUGCAUCGACGAGUGGGCGGAGAAGGUGCGCGCGACGCUCGGAACGAGCAACUAG